UCCUGCGCGCCCGGGCCGCUCCAGGUCUCCCGGUGAACCGGAUGCUCCGUCAGUUUCCUCCUCCCGCCGCCCGGCGCCGCGCCGCAGCCAUCCACGGGGCACGGGCUCGGGGCUACCUGCGGCCGGCUGGCAGGUGCGGGGCGCGGGCGGGAGCUGGGCGCGCACGGCUACCGAGCGUGGAGGAGAAACGGCCCUGCGGCGAUGGGUGCCAGGGGCGCUCCUUCACGCCGGAGGCAGGCGGGGCGGCGGCUGCGGUACCUGCCCCCCGGGAGCUUUCCCUUUCUGCUGCUGCUGCUGCUCCUCUGCAUCCAGCUCGGGGGAGGACAGAAGAAGAAGGAGAAUCUUUUAGCUGAAAAAGUAGAACAGCUGAUGGAAUGGAGUUCCAGACGCUCAAUCUUCCGAAUGAAUGGUGAUAAAUUCCGAAAAUUUAUAAAGGCCCCCCCUCGAAACUAUUCUAUGAUUGUUAUGUUCACUGCUCUUCAGCCGCAGCGACAGUGCUCUGUGUGCAGACAAGCUAAUGAAGAAUAUCAAAUACUGGCUAACUCUUGGCGCUAUUCAUCUGCUUUCUGUAACAAACUUUUCUUCAGCAUGGUAGACUAUGAUGAGGGGUCAGAUGUUUUCCAACAGCUCAACAUGAAUUCUGCUCCUUCAUUCAUGCAUUUUCCUCCAAAAGGCAGACCCAAGAGAGCUGAUACUUUUGACCUUCAGAGAAUUGGAUUUGCAGCAGAACAACUUGCAAAGUGGAUUGCUGACAGAACGGAUGUUCACAUUAGAGUCUUCAGGCCGCCUAACUACUCUGGCACCAUUGCUCUGGCCCUAUUAGUGUCACUUGUUGGUGGUUUACUCUAUUUGAGGAGAAACAAUUUGGAGUUCAUCUAUAAUAAGACUGGUUGGGCCAUGGUUUCUCUGUGUAUAGUCUUUGCUAUGACUUCUGGCCAGAUGUGGAAUCAUAUUCGUGGACCUCCAUAUGCUCAUAAGAACCCACAUAAUGGACAAGUGAGCUACAUUCAUGGAAGCAGCCAAGCUCAGUUCGUAGCAGAAUCACAUAUUAUUCUGGUACUAAAUGCUGCCAUCACCAUGGGGAUGGUUCUUCUAAAUGAAGCAGCAACGUCCAAAGGAGAUGUUGGUAAAAGACGAAUAAUUUGCCUAGUAGGAUUAGGCCUGGUGGUCUUCUUCUUCAGCUUUCUACUUUCAAUAUUCCGUUCCAAGUACCAUGGCUAUCCUUAUAGUGAUCUGGACUUUGAGUGAGAAGAUGUGAUUUGGACCAUGGCACUUUAAAACUGUAUCCUCAGCUUUUUAAUUAAAUGAAGCCAAGUGGGAUUUGCAUAAAGUGAAUGGUUACCGUGAAGAUAGUGUUCCUGACAGUAAUUUGAGUAUUUUGGUUACUUUUUUGUUGUGAUAACCUAGCUUAUUCUUGUAUGAUUUUUAUUGUGAGUUUUCUAGUAAAUAUAAUUUAUAGAAAUGGAUGGUUAAAUGUAGUAUUAACUCUGUAAAGAACAAAGGAAACACUGAGGUGAUUUUUCAAGUUUAAAUUGUAUCUGUUAUGAGAUUGAAAUAACCUUUAGGAAUUCAUGUUUAGGACUGUUUAGAAAAAAGAACACAAUGUUAGUAAGAGAAAGCUAAAAUGUUAAAGAAUCUUUAAAGUUGUACAGAGAUAAAGUAUAUGCAUGAAACUGUGCCGUGUGCUGAAAUUAUACUGAUUGUAGCUUCAGUUAUAAAAGAUGUGUCUGGUUACAAAUAGUAUUUUGUUCUUAUUAAUCAUAAGUAGAUAAGGUUGUGUGAGGACAUGGAGCGGGUAAACAGUACCUAUAAUGUGACCCAGCCCGGGAAAUGGAGAUUCUCCCCAGGAUAUAAAUAUAAAGCACAGUGAACUGAAUCAGCCAGCUUCAAAGGCAUCAGACAAUCGAAGCAACAUCAAAACAAGGAAUGAAUUUCUUUCCAACUUUACAAAUGUCCUCUGGAUAUCCAUAAUUUCAACCACAAAACUAGCUCUGACCAUUUUCCCAUUGUUUCUAUGGAAGUUUUCAUGGAAUCUUUCAUUAAAAAGAAUGUAGCAAUCUGGCCAUCAUUAUUACAUUUUGUUGUUAUUACUAGGGGCAGGGUGAUGGAAGAGUGGAAAGUUUGGGAAGGGUCAGAAGUUUGUGUGUUUGAGUUAAUGUGCUUAUUGGUUCAGGGUACCAGAUUUCCCACUAGUGCCACAUGCAUGCCAGACUUAUGCUCUAACACUGAGUUUCUGUCCCUGCCCUCCUCCAUUAUUUUUGUCUAUCUGGUUUUACUUUAUCAAGCACUUCACAUAAGGUAUUCUUCAGAAAAACCCCGUGCAUUAGAUGAAAAAUUUAAAAUGUUGUCAUAUUUGUGUACACAUGAGGAAGCUAAACACAAAUCAGUAAAGCAUAGAGCUUAUGAUUGGCUUUCAAACUUUCAAACCAGAAUGUUUGUUUUUUGUGGUGCUACCCUAAGAAGGAUAAAAACAGGUAUCUAGUUCAAUAAACUCUGAUUUUCUUUGA